UCUGCCGCCACGCACAGUAAGCUCAGAGACGAACAGCUGGAAGACAUCCGCCCAAGCACUGGCGUGUGGCUUCGGUGAUUCACCCUGCAGCGGAGCUCGAAGGUUUUUCCUGUGCUUCGACAACACUGCUCUCUGUGUGUCUCCAGACAAAGAACACCCCAUCAGCAGCGGCAGCAAUUUCGACAGAGGGAAGGCGAUACUGCUGUAGUCCCUAGGCACUCCAUUGGUGCAACAAGUGCGGUGGCGAGGCUCGUACCCGACGACAGCAGUCGCAAGGAGAGAACCGUUUCACAAGAUGUCAGAGCCCGAUGAUUUGUUCACGCUGCGCAACCACUUCUGGCUGGGGAGCUAUCAACUCGCGAUAGCGGAGGGAUCAGGGCUUGGCCGCUUGCCCGAGGCGCUCAGAGUGGAGAGGGACGAGUUCAUCUACCGGUCCUACCUCGCCCUGGGACAGUUCAGCAUCGUUCUUGGAGAGAUCAAGGACGAUGCGCCUCCGGCCCUCCAGGCCGUGCGCCUGAUGGCGCAGUACCUGUCCAACCCGGAGAGCCGAGAGAUCGUGAUCGAGACCCUGAAGAUGUGGCUCACCGACCCGGGUUCGUGCAACAACCCGACGGUGCAGCUGCUGGCGGCGGCGGUGUUCACGCACGAGGGGGAUCUGAAGGAGGCCGUCCGGAGUAUCAGGAACGGGGUCACCAUGGAGCAGACUGCUAUGCUUGCUCAGAUCUACCUCAGGAUGGACCGCGUGGACCUGGCCUUGAAGCAGGUCCAGGUUUUGCAGCAAGCCGACGACGACGCCACGUUGACCCAGCUAGUGGUUGCCUGGGUCCACCUGGCGCAGGGGGGCAAGCGGUACCAGGAGGCCGCCUACAUCUUCGACGAGCUUAUCGACAAGUACCAGGCAUCCCCUCUCCUGCUGAACAGCAGCGCUGUGGCGAAGAUGCACAUGGGGGAGUACCAGGAGGCCGAGACCAUUCUUGUCGAGGCCAUCAGCAAGAGCCAGAACGACGCGGACACGCUCGUGAACCUGAUCUGCGUCUGCCGCCACCUCGACAAGCCGGCCUCGUUCGUCGACCGCUAUAUCAACCAGCUCAAGACGGCGCACCCCCAGCACCCGUACGUGCAGUCCCUCGCCAACGCGGAGUCGGCCUUCGACCGAGUGGCGGCAACGUUCGCUUUAGCGUAGAGAACAAGCCUUAGCUUGUUGGUAGUUUCUGAUGCAGCCAUCGUCGAAGAACUUGGGGGGGGUUGUUGGAAUUUUGCCUCAAGCUCGCGCCUGCGGCUAGUUUUUUCGCGCGUGACAUGUAAGCGGGGACGUUUUGUAAUUUGGAGCAGAUGCAGCCAUGAAAGCGGGGUUCUUGGAAUAGUCUUCAGGGAUAGCUGCAAGCUCGGGCAAGGGGCUACCGUAAUUUUUCGCGUAGCUGGCUACGUAUUUGGGCAGUGCCUUGUAGUCGGGUUGCAUUGCAUGCCGGUGGAGACAAUAAGAGUCUGCUUUAGCUCCCACGUUCUGUGAUGGAUUCUUUCAAUCUGCCAGUUGCAACCCACGGUCGGGUGCGAAAAGGAACGCGGAACAACAAUUGGGAACGUUCCCGCUGUAUUCAAUUCCUCUCGAUAGUAUCGACUGCAGGACGUUAGUGCCAAUUUUUUGUACGUUUUUUGGCGGUGGGUUUUACUCGAGGGGCGAUCCCUGCAGGGCUUACGUAGCCUCUGAUUCCGUAGUUACCUCCUGUGUUGGAGUCGCGAGCUGUAAGUGGCGAUGACGAGGGGCUGCUGUAGCGAGAAGGCUGGCCGGAGUAAACAACACGGCCGCUCCUAUG